AGUCAUAGCCAUGUCACCGGUCAAGUCUCAAGGCAGAACAAAUGCCACUAAGCAGAGGACAGGGGCAACAAAAAAAGGAAAUCCAUCCAAAAAUGUGAGACAGAAAGCACCUCAGCCUCCCUCUAAAGGGCGUAAUGGAAAACAGAAAGGUAAAGGGAAUUCACCGACUCUGGAGGAUGCAAACACAGAGGUAGUGAAGAGUAACAGAAGGAAGACAGCCGAUCAGAGCAAAAAGAGUGAUCUAGAACAGAAGGGGACACAGAAAAAAGCAGGAAGCACAGGAAAUGGGACCUCUGCAAAUGGUAGAUCACAACUUAGUAAAAAAGAUAGUAAGAUCACAGGGGGCACAAACAAGCCCACCAAACUCAAACCUUCACCAAAAACACCCCGAACCACACAAAGGAAGAUCAACAAGCUCCCCACCAAGCCUGAAAACAAGAGAAAUGACAAAGGGACAGAGAGUGAAGAGGAGGAAUCAGAGAGCAAUGCAGGAAGCUCAGAGGAGGUGACAGAAGAAGACGCUAGUAGUGAUGAGAAGGAGGAGGAGGAGCAGGACAGUAACAAAGAGACAGUUGAGAUGCAAGGGAGCGAGGAAAGCAGUGAGGAGGAGGCUGAGGCUUCAGAUACCCAAAGAGAUACAGAACAUACAGCAAAUGAGGAAUCAGACAAAGAACUUUCAGAGGUACCCAAAUCCAGAAGUGACUCAGAGGUCGAACCAGUCACUUCUAGUGAAGAAGAGGAAGAGGAACACAAGAAGGAAACUGAAGUAUCCAAGGCAGUCAUCAGUGAAGACAAGGAGACAGCCCAGGAGGACUCGUCUCAAAAGCCAAUAGAUGAUAAAAGCUCCAGACGAAGCAGACAAAGUCCUCGUCCCUCAAAGCCUGCGCAAGUCUCAAAAUAUAAGAUGUUUAAAAAAACGAAGGCAGAUAAGCAGGCGGAGAAGGCUGAGAAACAGAGGGCCAAGGCAGAGAAGCAGAGGUUAGAAAAGGAAGCCAAACAAAAAGCCAAGGAAGAAAAAAAGAACAAAAAGAAACAGCUGAAAGAAGACAAACUCAGUUCUGCAACAGAGGAGAUUCAAUCACCAAAAGGUUGUUCCUUCAACAAAGCCGACACAGCAAAAGGCAAAUUAGCAAAGAAAACAAAAAACAUUCAUGAGAAAGAUGUUCCUGUAGAAGCUGGAUCUGAUGAUCAUGAUGACAUGGAAGAGGAGGAGACUGAACCAACACUGACCAAAGCCAUCAAAGGCCAAAACCGAAUUAUGCUUCUCAAAGCCAAAGGUAAAGACCUCAAAGCCAUGCUGGAGCCUGAAGAGCAGAAGAAUGCUGGAAAUGUUGUCAAAGGGCGGCCACAGGGCUUGCUCUUGGGGAAAGUCAAGAUGGCAUCUCUCAGAAACAAAGCCAAUAAAAUGCUAGUAAAGCCAGAAGAGGAAACAUCAGAGGGUGAGGCUCUUGAUGGGAGGUCCAGCAAACCCAAGGAACGCUUGAUAGCCCAAAGGAAAGGUAUAACCACUCUUCGUAGAGUGUCUGGUUGGAUUCAGAAGAAUACACCACAAGGACUGAGCUUGAGGAAGAAGCUUUCUGCUUGGACUAAAGCCAUCGGGGUCUCCCGCUGGCUCUCCCUCCAAGUGAUAAAACAGAAACAAGGUCCCAGAAAAUGUAAGGGCAAUAUCCUCAAACAUAGGAUGGCCAUGAGAGUUGCCAGUAAAACCAGCCUGGCCACUAAGAAAAAUAGGAGCUUGUCUAAGGACAAAAUGGCUAAAGAGAAAGCCAGCCUACAGGGAAAGGCAGGGGAGGGAGGGGAAGAAGUGGACCCAGCUGGGGAGAAAGAAGUAGAGGCCAAAUAUGCUGUGGUACUUCCCAGAAUGAACAAACUGGGAAAGGCAAAGACAGCCGAGGUACCCCAGGCAUCUCCUGGACCUUCUGCUCCAUCAAAUACCACUGGAACACCAGGAGAACUCAUUACGUCAGAGCCCAAACCUCCGAAACCAGGUGCCAGGCUUGUGCUCCCUGUCAAACCAGAUCUUAGCCUCUUGAAGUCCAUCAAGAAACCCUUUCCAGGAGGGUUAAAAUCAGGUGGAGAUGUGGUAGAGAGGAGCCCUGGGUCCAGUGGUUCGUUGGAAGGAUCAUCCAACACUGAGGAUAGAAACAGGACAGCUGCCCAAGACAAUCAAGAUGGAGUGAGUGUGCUACAGGCAGCAAGAAGGAAACUGGACCCCUCCCAGAUCAAGCUGACAAAGAUGACCUUGUCAAGAGGACCGAUAGGUGGUGGACAGACUCGGGCCAUGGGACCAGACCCAGAGAGAGAGGCUCCAGCUGGGAUACCCAGGUCCACCACCCAGCCCUUUCCAAAUGGGGAGGAAAGCAUGGUGAUGGCAGGUGUUCGAUCCUUGUAUGAAGAGGAGGCAGACAGGGAAGUGGCCCAGCUGAUGGGUGAGGGGGGUACAUAUGCUAUCACCCAACCAGAGGUGCACUGGGCUGGGAACGCACAGAUGAGUGGAGACCCACAGGACUGGCUACGUGCUGAGAACUUGUUGCCCCAUCAGACAGUGGAGAAGCUAACCAAGUGGACAGUCUAUGACGACGAGGGCCAGGCCAGGACUGUUCCUGCACACAACGGCAGGGGCCCCUGGGAAUCAGAGGACCCCACUCAGGAGAUGCUGGAGAGUCGACUAAUCAGCACACAGGUGCUGAUGCCCCGCAGCAAGCAAGUCAUAGAGGUCGAUGAGGUGGAGGAUCUGUCCCAGCUGGAAGAGGUGUGUGAGAGCUCUGUGCUUCUGAAUCUGAAGAAGAGGUUCCAGCGUGACUGCAUUUAUACUUACAUUGGAAACAUGCUGCUGUCUAUUAACCCCUUCAAGCCUCUUAGCAUCUACACAGAGGAGCUCAGACAGAAGUACCAGGGAAAAGAGCAGCAGAGAAACCCACCCCAUGUGUAUGCCAUAGCUGAUGCUGCUUUCAGUCAGUCUCAAGCCUCCACACAGGAGCAGUGCAUCAUCAUAAGUGGGCAGAGUGGAUCAGGGAAGACUGAAGCUACCAAGCUGAUAGUCCACUACCUCAGCUCCAUGUAUCAGGGUAGAAACGACAACCUGCGACAGCCCAUGGAGGUCUUUUCCAUCCUAGAGAGUUUCGGGAAUGCCAAGACCAUCCUCAACAACAACUCCAGCCGCUUUGGCAAGUACCUCCACAUCCACAUUCUCCAGCCAAUGAGGAGAGGAACUAUCAUGUGUUCUAUGAGCUGCUGGCAGGGUGGUUGCUGUGAAUUGAAGGGGAAGCAGGACAAGCAGGACUUUCAGCUUUUGGUUCAGUGCUUUGAGACCAUCGGUCUGCAUGCUGAUCAGAUCUCUACCGUCUGGGCAAUCCUCUCUUCUAUCCUGCAGCUUGGCAACAUGUGCUUCAGCUCCUACGAGAGUGAAUCGUUUGAGGUGGCUCGUAUCUUCAGCGAGGCUGAGGCCAGGAGGGUUGGCGGCUUGUUGCAGAUUUCCUCUGAGGCCCUGCAGACUGUCAUCACACACAGGGUCACGGAGACGACCUAUGACAGGAUCUACUGCCCUCUGUCUGUGGAAAGUGCCAUAGAAUCUAGAGAUGCCAUUGCUAAAGCCUUGUAUUCAGUGCUGUUUGACUGGUUGCUGGAGCAGAUCAAUGACUGGCUGAGCCCCACAGAGAUGGACAGCACCGUGGGAAUAGUGGACAUCUACGGGUUUGAGGACCUCGGGGUGAACAGCUUUGAGCAGCUGUGUAUCAACUUUGCCAAUGAGCAGCUGCAGCACUUUGUUAACAAAGCAGUCAUCUCCCAGGAGCAGGAGGAGUACAGUGCAGAACAGAUCCAGUGGUAUCCUAUGGCACUCAAUAACUUCCACUCCUGUCUGGAGCUGAUCUCCUCAAGACCACACGGCAUCCUCCGCAUACUGGACGACCAGACCUGCCUCCCCCAGGCCACCGACCAUACCUUCCUCCAGAAGUGCCACUAUCACCAUGGGAACAGCCCUUACUAUGCCAAGCCCAAGAACCCACUGCCAGUCUUCACAGUCUAUCACUAUGCUGGAGCUGUCACUUAUCAGGUCCACAACUUCCUGAAUAAGAACCACGACCAGUUCAGGACAGAAGUGGUGGAGCUUUUCGCCAGGAGUCGUUUAAAGAUGGUGUCGGAGCUGUUCCGAAAGGUUCAGGAUGGUUACAUUCAGCAGAGAGAGCUGGGCUGGAGAGGGAAGGGCCUCCGCCAGCAGCCCUCAACUGCUGCCUCACACUUCCUGCAGUCCCUGACCGAACUCACAACCCGCCUGGAGAGAUGCAAAACCACUUUUGUUCGUUGCCUGAAGCCAAACUAUGUGAAGCUUCCCGGGAUCUUUGACAUAGACUAUGUGUCAGGCCAGCUGAGGCAUGCUGGGAUGCUGGAGACCAUCCACAUCAGAAAAGAGGGUUUCCCCAUACGGAUACAGUACUCCUACUUCAUUGAGAGAUACGGGGUUCUCCUGACCCAGCGUUUGAAUGAGGCGACAGACAGGCAGCAGACGGUGGCUCUGCUGGACAUGGUUGGUGCAGAGGAAGGACAGUACCAGCUGGGACUCACCAAGGUGUUCCUUAAAGAGCUGCUGUACCAGCAGCUGGAGGAAAGGUGCAGCAGCACUCAGACCUGGGCUGCCAUCAUCAUCCAGAGGAACAUCAGAGGCUUCCUUUGCAGGAGGAACUUCAGGUUCUUCAAACAGAAAGCCAUCAUCAUCCAGAGCCAUAUCCGAGGACACCAGGCCAGGAAGCACUACAAGCGUCUGAGGCAGUGCAUCACCCAGUUCUGGGCAGUGAUGAUGAUUACCAGGAACACCAUCAAGAGACGGCACUGGAGGAAGGAAUUUCAAGAGAAGAACAAAGGAAAGGCUGUGACAAGGGCAAAGUCUGUCUCUCCAGGAAUGGAUGUGGGCAUGUUGGAGAUCCCUGCUGAGCUGUCAGCCAGACUCCGCAGCGCAGCAGGGCGGCAGAAUACCUCAGGGGUCACAGAGGUUGCACCCCCACAGGUGACGGCGAAACACAAGCUCACCCUGCCUGCAGAUAUAGACAGAUACCCGUUCUCUCGUUAUGCCAAGUCCAUAUUAAAGGAUUCAUGGUGCCAGCCUCAGGGAUACCCCCUCCAGAGACCCCUCACCCCUCUGGAUCCUGAAGAUGCCAGAACUGCCCUGGAGAUUUACAAACUGAUCUUGCGUUUUACAGGCGAGUCAGACCUCAGCGGCUGGCAGGAGCAGAUGUUGGGUAACUACAUAGUGGAGAAGAGUCAGAGCCGGCCGGCCUUGAGGGACGAGGUCCUGGCCCAGUUGGUUUACCAUUUGUGGGGCCUGCAGGACGAGCGGCACAGUCUGAGGGGCUGGCUGCUGCUGGUCUGCUGCCUCAGUGCCUUCACCCCCUCACCGACACUGGACAAACACCUGCUAAAGUAUGUGUCUGACCAAGGUCCAGGGGAGUACCGCUCACUGUGCCAACACAAACUUCUAACAUCUCUGCAGCUCCCAGCUCCCGCUGCCAGAACCUACCCACCAACCCAGCUAGAGUGGACCACCAACCAGAGGAAGGGCGCCAUGGUGCUGGAUAUACACACAUUCGAUGAUGAAACGCUGACAACUGAAGUGGACUCAUGGACCACAGGAGAGCAGCUGGCCUCAUGGCUUCUUCAUCACAGAGGUGUGUUGGAGGCCGUGCAGGGCUGGUCAGUCUCUCUUGUGACUGACGAAGGCUGGUCAGAUCUGGCUGGUACAGAUUUUGUCAUGGAUCUUCUGGCUGGAGCUGAAGCUGACGUGAUACCGCCACCAGGGACUCCCUCUUCUACACACUCGGACUACCUGUUCAGCCAUGGAGACAGGAUGCCAGCCACAGAUCUGGAUGACUUCAUCCCACCAGCACCUCCCAUGCAAGCUCCUGGGUUGCCUCCUUUUGAGGCACGACCCUGGGCGGGUGAUUAUCCACAGGAAGGCCGCAGGCGAGAGUUCGAUGCUUUCGUUGAUGACUUGUUUGACCCCGUAUUUGAUCAAGGACCUCCGGACAUGGAAAGAGUUGACAUGUUAAACCGCAGGAUGAGAGGAGGAGGAGGGAUUGGACCCAUGAACCGUGGCAUGUAUGGAACUGGUAUGCCUAUGUCAAUGCCAAGCUAUCCUAUGGGUAACCCCUCAAUGCCCAGCUAUGGAGCAACUCCCAUGAUGCCAAGUAUGCCAGCCAUGCAAACCAUGCCAGAUUUCUACACAGGCAUGAUGAUGCCUCAGGUUUCCAUGGCUUCCCCCCCUGUUGCUGACCCUAUGCAGAUGGCAGCAACACAGCAGGCCCUCAUCAACCAGCAGGCCUUUCUCAUGGCCCAGCAGAUGACCAUGCAGGCGAUGAAUCUGUCCCAGCAGCAGACAGAGGAGCAAACGAAGAAGCAGGAGGAGAAGAAAAGGAAGGAACAGCAGAAGCAAAGGGAGGAGGAGAGAAAGGAAGAGCAGAGGAAGAGGGAGGAGGAGAGAAAGGAGGACGAGAGGCAGCGGAGACGUCGUUCUGAGCGACAGACCAGGGAACGCACACCGCCACCUUCCCCUGAAUCUCCUUCACCUCCACCUGCUCGGGCCAAAGCAUCUGCACCUAAACGCUCCUCCAGCCGAAGGAACCCUGAGCCAGAGCCAGAAAGUGAAAGCGACUUACCAGAUCCAAGUGACCUGCAGUCUUUCAAAGAUAAGAGGGAAUUCUUCCAGAAGAUUGGUAAAUCCAAAGCUCAAAAGCCUAUGCCACCCACUCCCAGCCCACAAAGACAGCAGCAACCCUCUCCACCAUUACGUCAACGAUCACCAUCACCCCCACCUCCACCUCCACCUCCAGCACCUAAGCCUGAGGUGAGGCGUCCUCGCACCCCUCCUGCCAGAGAAGCAGAUCCCCAAAAAGCCCCAGUCCCAGCUCCCCUCGGUAAAUCUCAGCCUCAACCCACCUCCAAGAUCCGUGAAAUCAUCAAACAGUAUAACAGCCGACCCCAACCAGAAGCCAAACCCUUUGAGCCUGUCAGACCCACUGCGCGGCAUUUUGUAAAGAAAAGUGACCCCAAAGCGGAAGCUCUGGCCAAACUCAGAAACAAAGGACCAGCGCCACAAGAGAAGAAACAGUGGAUGCCUCCUCCGCCAGUAGCUAAGAGGGAGCAGCCACGUCCUCAAACCCCCCCCCCCCCAAGGCAAUCUCCUCCUUCCACCAGGGGUCGCGUCAUCUCCAGCAACAUGAAGCAGAAGCAGCGCUCCCUGGAGGACCUGUUUGGCUCGCAGCGCUCACGCCAAGCUCAACCCCCUCCCCCGGACUCCCCGCCACCUCCCCAGCAACCAGCACCCAUCUAUCAGGACAUCCCCGACCCGCCGCCCAUGGCCGCCCCCUGUCUCGGUGAUGUGAUGCCAGAUGAGGACGCCGUUCGCUCCAAGCUCCACCGAUUCCUUGCGAAUGUUUACUUCUCUUACUCCAAAAUGCCAGGAAAACUGUUCCUGCGAAAAGAAGUGUUUUACCCCAAAGAGAUCUUCAACCGACCCUACAUCCUCAAUCUGCUAUGUGAACAGAUUAUGAGGGACACUUACUCUGACAGCUGUGUGAGGAUCAGCAGAGAGGAGAGGAGGAAGAUGAAGGACCUCCUGGCAAAUUUCAACGUGGGAUCGUCUAUAAGCACCAUCCAGAAUGACAACAUGAAGAAGAGGAUCAUCAUGGCUGCCCGAGACAACUGGGAAAACUACUUUUCCCGCCUUUUCCCUGUGAAGACGGACAUUGCAGACACUCAGAUUCUGGGUGUGUCUCAUCGUGGCAUUCGUAUUCUGAAAGUGAUCAGAGCAUCAGGCAUCAACCCCCAACACCUCCGUCUGCUCAGGAGCUACAGUUUUGCAGAGGUGCUGUCAGUCAGGCUCCAGGGUGCAGACAAAGUGGAAGUGGAGCUGAAGGGUGAGAACUUGGUGCUGCAGUCGUGCAGAGCUCCGCAGAUUGUCGCCAUGAUCCAACUCUUCCACCAGGAGCUCAUCAAGGACUCGGGCCAUGUGGUUGCCCUGAAGAGUUUCGUGACAGACGACAAAAGUCUGCUCAGCUUCAAGAAAGGUGACAUCAUCAAACUGCUGCCAAUGCAAGGACUCCAAGCAGGCUGGCUUUGUGGCACCAUGGGAGUGCGCUCUGGUCUUUUCCCAGAGGACCACACCCAGCCGUCUGCGGCCCCGGACUACCACUGCCUCCACCUCGAUCGAAGAGAUGACAGGAGGAAAAGCAUGAAAGCUGCUAAACCCACCGGUUACAAGGAGCCGGCUUCAGGUCCAAUCAGCAGGAGCAUGGGCAGCGCUGAUUCAGCGCAGCAGAGCAGACAGUCCUCAGGACCAGGACUGGCCCGGACAUCAGUGCAGAGCUCAGUCCAGAACUCAGUGCAGGGUUCAGUUCAGGAGUUUCAGACCCACUCAGGGAUGACUGACUUUGCUGUGAAGUUCUUUAGAGUGGCGACUACAGGUCUGCCAGUAAGUGGAAGGAAUUUUUCAGAGGCGGUUCAACACACAGAGGCCCCCAUCCAGGAGUCCCUCAUUCUUUACAACGAUGCUGAAAUCAAUGACUUAUCUGUCGAGUGCUUCAUGAACGUGAUGCAGUUCAUGGGUGACAUGCCAAUGAAGAAGAAUAACACCCAAUCAGACUGCCUGAACUACGUCUUACUGUUAGGGAAGGAAAAGGAGCUGCUGAGAGAUGAAAUCUACUGCCAGGUCAUCAAACAAACCACCAACAAUCCAACCAAAGCCAACUGUACCCACGGCUGGCAGAUGCUCAUCAUGGUGACUGGGUUCUUCCCCUGCUCUAGUACUCUGCAGCCCUACGUCACGCAUCACCUCCAAGACAUCUCGCAAGACCAGGAACACCCGUACGGAGAGCUGGCGUCUAUGUGUCAGGAUAACCUACAGCGAUCCCUCAGUUUUGGUGGUCGGCGUAACAUCCCCUCGCAUGUUGAGAUGGAGGCCAUUCUGGCUGGAAAAACUUCUCGACGUAUUUCGAUCCAGCUGCCAGGAGGAGUGGACUUCGCUGUCAAGAUUCGCAGCUUCAGUGUGGCACAAGAUGUGACAGUAGACUUCUGUAAUGAAAUGGGCAUCUCCGAUCCUGCAGAAGUCAAAGAGUUCUCUAUCCUCGCCAACCGACAUCAAGAAGGGGUGUUGCGUCCCCUCCAUGCUGAGGAGUAUCUGUUCGACUUCCUGCUCGAUGAUGGCUCCAUCUUCUUUUCUCUGAAGAGAGUGAUGUGGACAAGCGCCCUGAACUUCAGCAGUGAACUCUACGUGGAGUUCCACUACCAGCAGCUCCUGUGUGACUAUCUGAAUGGGAAGAUGAUGCUUGCUGCAGGUGGUUCCCCAUCAAUCCAGCACAUCGCAGAGCUGUCAGCCCUGCAGCAUGUGGCUCAGGGACUGCAGCACCAGCCCUCACUGCCGGAGAUAAGGCAGUACCUGCCCUCACAGGACGGGCUGAGCAGUAAAGUGGAGGAGAUCCUCUCCUUCUGUCAUGGCCAGAUAGCUGCCAUGCACUCCUUCAGCCCUCAAGAUGCCAAAAUACAGUUCAUUGAGCUUUUGACCACCCUGCCUCUGUUUGGCUCCAACAUUUUCUUGGCCCAGAAGGUGAGCCAGCGUGGCUGUCCUUCCCCAUGCUUGAUCAGCAUCAGCCAGCAGGGGGUGUUGUUCCUUCACCCAAAAACACAGGAACAAGUGUUUCAGAUUCCUCUGGCCAGCCUGCAGUCCAUGCGCACCAUCCGUCCCAAGAAACUCAGUAAAGUGCCAUCCAUGGACAUCCAUUAUGGCAAUCCAAACCGUCCCAAAAAAGUCACCAUUCAUCUCAAACAGGCGAAGGAGUUGUGCCACAUCCUGGCUAUGAUAAUGGAAGACUUGAUCCGACCGCCAGUCAACAGCUCCAUUUCAAAUCGCCUGUAGACACACACACACACACAGACACACACACACACACACACACACACACACACACACACAUAUAUAUAUAUAUAUAUAUAUAUAUAUUUUUGGGGCUUUUGUUCCCAAUUAGACAAGCCGUCCCCAAUGAACUGGACUUUAGUUUAAAAUGUGUCCCUGAAUGUAGCCUAAGUCAGACACACACACAUACUAGAUUUUGUUAAUCACUGGCUUCUGUAACAUACUUCUGUGUAUACCUUUUUAAGUUAAUUUAUCUUCCGUAUAACUUGACAGAUAGCUUCAUGGAUUUUGUGAAAUGGACUGAAUAGAAACAUGAAUAUGGACACACAGUGAUGUUCUUCUCUCCAGUGCUGUGUGCUCUGAGAGGAAGUGAUGAUGACACGUAGUGUCCUGACAGAGCGAGUAGAUUAAAGUAAUUCACCAGUUGUUGAAUGAAUAAAUCAGUUCUUUAAAAUUUGUGCAGUAAAAUCUGUGAGGAAAUGUAAAGUUUGUUAAUCAUUGCUGGAC